AUGCUUUUGCCUCUAUUGUUCUCAGCUCUGGCUUUGGCUUUGCAGGUCGCCCCCAACUCGCCCUGCGCCCACUUCUGCCUCGACUCUGCGGACCUCGACCGCUCUGACCCCAGAUCGUCCAAUACCAAUGGCGAUGACAUUGUCUGCAACGAUGACGACUUCAAGAACAAGCCCGCGGGCCAAAAGUAUCAGAGAUGUCUUGCUUGUCUACAGGACAGCACUUUCAAACGUGAGGAUGAGAACGAUUUAGAUUGGUUCUUGUACAACAUGCGUUACUCGUUCGACUACUGCGUCUUUGGCUACCCCAACGCUACAGAUGUCGGCUCAGGCCCCUGUAUCACCUCUGAGGCCUGCGGUCCUCUUGAGGAUGCCCUAAAAGCAGGCAUCAUCGAGCCCGACGAUGAUAGGGAACAGUACGGCUAUUGCGAUACUGAUGGCAAGGCAAUGCUGGGUGAUGCAUAUGCCAAGUGUCAUGCCUGUGUCAAGGCCGAUAGCACACACACCAUCAUCUCCAACUUCUUGGUUGCUCUUGAAGCUGGAUGUCAGCAACGGCCUAAACCUGGUGCCACGCUCGGCCUUAAUGAUACCGUCUUCAGUGAGAGGACCAUUGACAUGGUCGACCCAUCUGCCCCUGUCGCCCCAGGAGAUAACCUCUCGCUCCCCAACACCUCCAUCGCUGCCAUCGCCAUUGGUAGCUUUGUCUUCCUGCUCGCCAUUGCUGGUUGCGUAUUCGUGCAGCGCCGUAAGCGCCAGAAGCGCUCUGUCCUUAACCGCCGAUCCUCCAUGUCAUUCCACUGCCAGGCCCGCUUGACACCCCGUGGGACAGGCUUCCGCAAUAUCGACAAGGAGUAUGUUGGUCAGCCUUACAUGGACGAGGCCAAGUCGCCAUCUGGAUCGUCCCUGUGGAACCCCCGCAAUGCCAUGACCAGCUUGCGCGGUGGCCACAAGCUGGACACCUUUGUCCCUCCCCUCUCUCAACCCCCUCCUAUCCAUACACCCGUUCACCAGAGCCCAGCCGACGAUGUCUCGCCGAUAUCAGCCAUCUCGAGCAACUCUGCUGCGCCGCUGAUGGCCGGCCAGUCUCGUCACCCUGUCACAUCACCCAACGUGGACUCUCCCCUCUACAGCCCCGGCUUUACAAUCACCACCCCACGCUUGAACCAGGACAGUAACAACCCCUGGCAGCAGCAGCGUGCCGGCGGCUCAGGAAGGAGUUUUCGCAAGAAGCAACGCUCCUCAACUACACAGAGCCCUGUCGAGACGCGCAACAUCCAGCUUGUGUUUGACCCGCCACCUAAGAAGGCAUCUAAAUGA